AUGCGCCCGCUGCGGGUCGCGCUGCUCCUCGGCAGCACCCGCGACGGUCCGCCGCGGCCGUUGCUCGGCCGAAGAGUUGGCAAGUACGUCGAGGAGGCCAUCGCGCGCAAGGGCCACGCCGUCGACGUCGUCGAUCCCGCGGUCGUGGAUCUGCCGCUCACGCCCUUCCAGCCACACUUCACCUACAGGGACCCGCCCGCGCCGCUCCAGGCGCUCGCGGAGACCUUCGCGGCCUGCGACGCGCUGGUGGCUUGCACGCCCGAGUACAAUCACGCGCCGUCGCCGGCGCUGCUCCACGUGCUCAACCACUUCGGCUCGUCGCUCUUCUCCUUCAAGCCGUCGCUCAUCGUGUCCUACUCGGCGGGCCAGUGGGGCGGCGUUCGCGCCGCCAACGCGCUUCGGCCGAUCCUCUCGGAGCUCGGCGCGCUGCCAGUUUCCGCGAUGAUCCACGUGCCCAAGGCGGGCGAGGCCUUCGACGAGGACGGCGCUCCGCGCGAGGACGCGGACCGCUGGGCCCAGUAUGCGGACCGCGGCGUCGCGCAGCUCGAGUGGUGGGCGACCGCGGCGCGAGAGCACCGGUCGAAGGUCGACCCGACGACGGGCUCGCCCGCGUUCACCGCGUCGCCGUCGCAGCGGAACGCCCCCUAA